AUGGCUCCCGCUCUCACAGACUCUCUGCCCACGGCGCCUCACAACUUAUCUGCCCCGCUAGACAUCUUCCCCGAUGGCUUGAGGACCACCGGUCAACACCCUCCUCUCUAUGAGCAGAUCCAUCCCUUCGACGAGUUCCCCCGUCAGAUCACCGGCCCCACCGUAUGGGAGGCUGAGGACUACCGCGAAAACCUCGAGAAGUGGACGCACACGUUUACUCCUGACCAGGUAGAGGAGCUGUACACUGCUGCUGAUGCAUUCCUCGCAUCUAAGACCCCUCUGACCGGCAUUUCCAAGAGUAACUUCCGUCUCCCCAAGCUGGCAGACUACCUGGAAACUCUGCGCUUGGACAUCAUCAAUGGCAAGGGUUUCAUUUUGUUCAAGGGCUUCCCCGUCGAGAAAUGGGGCAACCACAAGUCCGCCGUGGCAUACAUGGGCCUGGGCACCUACCUGGGCUACUUUGUCAGCCAGAACAGCCGCGGCCAUGUCCUAGGCCACGUCAAGGAUCUCGGCGAGGACUCGACCCAGAUUGACAAAGUGCGAAUUUACCGGACAAACGCUCGCCAAUUCUUCCACGCGGAUGACUCCGAUAUCGUCGGCCUCCUCUGCAUCCACCGGGCCCUUGAAGGCGGCGAAUCCGACAUCGUCUCCUCCCACAACGUCUACAACACACUCGCUCUCGAACGACCAGACGUCCUAAAAACCCUAACUGAACCAAUCUGGUAUUUCGACCGCAAAGGCGAAACCAGCAGAGGCCAAGAAGAAUUCAUCCGCACAAGCGUCCUAUACCUCGAGCGCGGCGAAAACGGCCGCGUCUACACAAAGUGGGACCCAUACUACGUGCAGUCCUUGAACCGCUUCUCCGACGCCGGAAUCAUUCCGCCCAUGUCCGAUGCCCAGACCGAGGCCGUCCAGGUCCUUGAGGAGACUUGCAACCGCCUGAGUCUGCAUAUGAUUCUGGACGUUGGCGAUAUCCAGUUCUUGGCGAAUUCGCAUGUUCUUCAUGCGCGGACGGCGUAUACGGAUCAUGCGCCUCCGACGCCGAGACGCCAUUUGAUGCGCCUUUGGUUGGCGACUCCUGAGCAUGAGGGUGGUUGGAAGUUGCCCUUCUGGGAUAGUAAUGAGAAGAAGAGGGGUGGGAUUCAGGUUGAUGACCAGCCGCCUGUUGCGCCGCUUGAUGCGGAGUAG